GUUGCAACCGUGUUGACUUCCAUCACGAGUUGUUGAGGUGGACCCAUUUCUGCUGAUGAUGCGCGCGUGUGUUUCUGCCGAGACCCACCGCCUGCACGCUCCCUCCACGCCCCCUUUGAAAAAAAAAAAAAAAAAAAAAGGCCAGCUGGCACAAGGACGCUUCACUGCAGAGGAGCUCCAGUGUCCUGACGGAACGCCAGACUCGUCCUUUGGAGCCACGCUGCCUGGUUAGUCCGCCAUAAUCAUGGCCAAGAAUCUGAUCAAGAAUCCCAACGGUGAAGAGGAACUGGAAUUCUGGGAGCUGACAGAGAACGGCGGGAGCGAGUGGGUUGUGGAGGACAUGCCGGGAGACUGCGGCCAUGACUUCAGUGAUACGGCAGUGAUGAAAUACUUUGCAACCUCCUUCGAACUGUGCCUGAAGAGACAAGUGAUUGACUUGCUUGAAGAAGGUUUCACUUGUGAACAGCUGGAUGCCCAACCCGUCGUAUCGGUUAAAGACUGGUACUGUGGAAGGCAGGACUGUGGCUGCACCUACCAAAUAACGGCGUGUCUGCUGGAUGAGAAUCACGUGGUCCUGCAGGAGUUCAGACCUGAACCCGUGACACUGGACCCCGAGUGCGACGACUGUUCAUGGAAAGAGGUCAGCCACACCUUUUCUGAAUAUGGUGCCGGGCUCCGUUUCAUCUCCUUUGAACACGGAGGGCAAGAUACAAAGUACUGGGAGGGCUGGUUUGGAGUCAGGGUUACUGGGAGCUCCGUUACUAUUCAGGUGUAGGCAACAGGGGAGGGCAAAAUGCACAGAAUGUGCAAUGGUUUCCACGUUUGCCUUAUGCACCAGUACGCCCACAUACUCUGCCAGGCAUAUAUUGCAGGCUAGGCGGGGAAAAUUUGCGGUUUUUGAAGGGGUAGAGUGCCGGCGCGGGCUUCCAAGUAGUCGUAUAAAAUCCACAAACGGACUAUAUUCCAAGUAGAUUGAAUAAACUACAAAAUGCAUCAUCUCCAACUUGUAUGCUGGGUGAAGCUUUAUGAAGCAUUGUUGUUGUCGGCCCCUGAAGUACAAUUUAAUGAGAUCAAGUACGGAAUUCUGAUGAAAGUUGUUUUCCUCCACUGUCAGAUCAACAUUGCAAAUGUAGAAAAACAAAACAAAUUGGCAUGUUUAUUCCUGUCGUUUAUUGACGGUGCCUCAUACGGCAUUGUUUCAAAUAAUGGUCGUCGUCUCAGUCACGUUGCUAAUAUGCAGUGUUGCUCUACUCGGCCGCAAAACAAAAGCGUGGCACAUUUCUGUCAAUAUAAAACGAGCAUGAAUACCUUUUUUUAACAGCAAGGUACGUGAAUCUCAUUACACUGUAUCGGUUACGGCCACUGAGUGUUGUGUGUCGCCUCAUUUGAAAACAUUAACUCAAUUAAAACUGCAGAAAACAAA